AUGGACGCCUCCAUGGACAAAGGCCGGCAGGUGAUGGAGGAGACACACUCAGAGCGCGAGACCCGGUCAGCAGGCGAUUUUCACAAGAUAGAAGAGCUGCUCCCAAAACAUAUAGGCUCGCGAUGGAACAUCUCUUUCCUCGACAACAUGGGCUCCUUUCUGAGCAAGUUCAACCCCUUGGCAAGAGCCGUGGACCCAGAAAAAGAGGAAGUCUGGCUUCUCGACAAUACAGCCUACCGACCUGUGCACGUCUACCCUCAUCAGCCACAGCCAUUUCAAGCCCAAUUUACCGCUGCCUACUUUAAGCGGUAUACGGGGAAGGAUUGGAGUAAAGCGGUCGCUAGUAUUGCAGAUACGCUAGGUCUAGCAGAUGGAGAAGGGAGAGCGCAGGCGGAGAAGACGAUCGCGCAUCGACUGAAGCCAUUUGUCGAGACCAUAGCCCCUGCGCGGUACAUUGAUAUCAAAUUACCCAACGGCACUGUCGAGAAGCUUGGGCCUGGUGGAAGAAGCGCCGUUAGUCAACAGAUUAUUGUUUCUAUCCAAGACCACAAAGAGGGAGAAAGCGCCGAGAUCUCAGCAAUAACGCCCCAAGUCACCCCUCAUGGACCUAUGCUCACUCACUUCGCGGAGCCAGAGGGUUGGUUGAUGGUCUCAGACAUUGACGACUCAAUCAAAAUAACCAUGACCCCCUCCCCCAUAGGCAUCCUCCGCAGCACCUUCGUCUCGGACCCCACCCCCAUAGCCGGAAUGCCAGAACUCUACGCCCAAAUCGCCACCUCCCUCACCCCAGCCUGGUUCUACCUCUCCGCCUCACCUUACAACCUGUACCCCUUCCUUCGCCCAUUCCUGCAUCAGUAUUACCCCAAAGGCACUACCAUACUCCGCGACGCAUCAUGGAUGGAUCUUGGUGGCUUCCUCGCGUCGCUCACGCAAGGAACCGAAGCUUACAAGCGAAGCCGCAUAGAGGAGAUACAUAAUUGGCUGCCUAGAAGGAAAGUGCUUUGUGUGGGUGACAGCACACAGAGUGAUCCUGAAGCGUAUGGGGAUAUUUGUAGGAAGUAUAAGGGAUGGGUCAAGGCGGUAUUUAUCAGGAAGGUGACGGAUGUUGCUGAGAUGAAAGAUACGGACAAGAACACGGAUCAGAGGUUCGAGAAGGCGUUUAGGGAUGUGCCGAGGGAGAUCUGGAGGACGUUUGAGGAUCCGAAAGAGUUGUAUGAGGCUGUGGAGCAAUUGAAGGAUUUGUAA